UUGAUGAACAGAAUAUGAAGGACAUUACUACAGGGAAAGAUCUCAUCUAUAUUAAUGCUACAGACAUAAAGGAAGAAGAGACAGAUGUGAGCGGUGAUGAGCAGUAUAAGGAGGACAUUCCUACAGGGAAAGAUCUCUUUUAUAUUAAUGCUACAGACAUAAAGGAAGUAGAAGAAGAGACAGAUGUGAGCGGUGAUGACCAGUAUAAGGAAGUCAUUUCUACAGGAAAAGAUCUGAUCUAUAUUAAUACUACAGACAUAAAGGAAGAACAAGAGACAGAUGUGAGCGGUGAUGAGCAGUAUAAGGAGAACAUUCCUACUGAGAAAGAUCUGAUCUAUAUUAAUGGUACAGACAUAAAGGAAGAAGAACAAGAGACAGAUGUACGUAGUGAUGAGCAGUAUAAGGAGGACAUUCCUACAGGGAAAGAUGUGAUCUAUAAUAAUGCUACAUACAUAAAAGAAGAAGAAGAAGAGACAGAUGUGAGCGGUAAUGAGCAGUAUAAGGUGGACAUUCCUACAGGGAAAGAUCUGAUCAAUAAUAAUGCUACAGACAUAAAGGAAGAAGAGACAGAUGUGAGCAUUGAUGAGCAGUAUAAGGAGGACAUUUCUACAGAAAAAGAUCUGAUCUAUAAUAAUGCUCCAGACAUAAUAGUAAAAGCAGAAGAGACAGAUGUGAGCGGUGAUGAGCAGUUUAAGGACAUUUCUACAGGUAACCACCCAGAUUCUUGUAGCAGGAGAUCAGAGGAGAAUCUUAUAUCUUCAGAUUAUAAAGCAGAUGAUGAUAUCACACAAGAUACAUAUGAAGAACAUUCCAUUAUCCCAGAUACACCCUCAGCCCUUCACAGCCAAGAUCUGUCAUCUCAUCCUUAUAUACAGGUCCUGUCUUCUCAGUCAUCACAGGAUGUUCAGCAAAAUAAGAGUCACAGAAGGGGUGUUGGACAUCAGAAAGAUUGUGCAAAGGAAAGGCCAUAUUCAUGUUCAGAAUGUGGAAAGUGUUUUACCAAGAAAUCAAAUCUUGUGAGACAUAAGAGAAGCUACAAAGGAGAGAAGCCGUUUUCAUGUCCACAAUGUGAGAAAUGUUUUACUGGGAAACAAGGUCUUGUUCGCCAUCAAAGAACUCACACAGGAGAGAAGCCAUUUCCAUGUUCAGAAUGUGGGAAAUGUUUUACUCAGAAAUCAUACCUUGUUGUACAUCAAAGAACUCACACAGGAGAGAAGCCAUUUUCAUGUUCAGAAUGUGGGAAAUGUUUUACUUAUAAAUUAGACCUUGUUGUACAUCAAAGAAAUCACACAGGAGAGAAGCCAUUUUCAUGUUCAGAAUGUGGAAAAUGUUUUGCUUUUAAAUCAUGUCUUGUUGUACAUGAAAGAACUCACACAGGAGAGAAGCCAUUUUCAUGUUCAGAAUGUGGGAAAUGUUUUAAUUAUAAAUCAGGUCUUGUUGUACAUCAAAGAACUCACACAGGAGAGAAGCCAUUUUCAUGUUCAGAGUGUGGGAAAUGUUUUGCUCAGAAAUCAGAUCUUGUUAAACAUCAAAGAACUCACACAGGGGAGAAGCCAUUUCCAUGUUCAGAAUGUGUGAAAUGUUUUACUCAGAAAUCAGACCUUGUUUUACAUCAAAGAACUCACACAGGAGAGAAGCCAUUUUCAUGUUCAGAAUGUGGGAAAUGUUUUGCUCAGAAAUCAGAUCUUAUUAAACAUCAAAGAAUUCACACAGGGGAGAAGCCAUUUCCAUGUUCAGAAUGUGUGAAAUGUUUUACUCAGAAAUCAGACCUUGUUUUACAUCAAAGAACUCACACAGGAGAAAAGCCAUUUUCAUGUUCAGAAUGUGGGAAAUGUUUUGCUCAGAAAUCAGACCUUGUUGUACAUAGAAAAACUCACUCAGGAGAGAAGCCAUUUUCUUGCGCAGAAUGUGGGAAAUGUUUUGCUCAGAAAUCAAUUCUUGUUAACCAUCAAAUAACUCACACAGGGGAUAAGCCAUUUUUAUGUUCAGAAUGUGGCAAAUGUUUUACUCGCAAAUCAGACCUUGUUGUACAUCGAAAAACUCACACAGGAGAGAAGCCAUUUUCAUGUUCUAACACAGGGGAGAACAUGAAGCAGAGCAAAAAAUUAUGCAAAUAACACAUCUAUAUAUUAACCAU